AUGUGCUUCUGCUGGGUUGUGGUCAGCAUCGGCCGUUCAUGGGGUGAUUUGUCUCCUAUCACCGAAGUCCACAUCAGCCUCAAGGCUGACGGUGACGUGGGAGUACGGGGCGGUGCCAAUCGUGAGAUACCAUCAGCAUUUGGGUCCAUCCCGGUGAAAUAUGAUGUCUCUGAAAGCGUCCAGUCGGAGUCGAGUAUGGCUGUUGCGCCUGAAAUGGACUCAGGACCAGGUGAAAAGUCAAAUGAGCGAGGACAGCUGCAAUCACGAUACGAGCGACAAUGGUUGCAACUACUGCCUCGCGCUGGGAAGAUUACCGCGUGA